UAAUAUUUUAAAACAUUCAACCAAAGAUUAUUUCCAAUUUUAGUAUGUGGAGUUCCGCAGAUGCAUUCUCAACCACAGACAAGAAUUGUUGGAGGAAAAAAUGCCCCUUUUGGAAGGUGGCCAUGGCAGUUUAUUAACAUCCCAAAUACGUAUUCGAGUUGGCGAAUACGACUUCUCUUCAGUUCAAGAAGAAUUACCCUACGUGGAACGAGCUGUAGCAAAAAAAGUCGUACAUCCGAAGUACAACUUCUUCACGUACGAAUACGACUUGGCCCUCGUGCAGCUGGAUAAACCACUGGAGUUUGCGAAACACAUUUCGCCGAUUUGCUUGCCCGCCUCCGACGAUCUGUUGAUAGGGGAGAACGCAACCGUGACGGGCUGGGGGCGGCUCAGCGAAGGCGGCACGCUGCCGUCUGUGCUCCAAGAGGUUCAAGUUCCAAUAGUGAGCAACGACCGCUGCAAGAGCAUGUUUCUGCGUGCAGGACGACACGAGUUUAUUCCUGAAAUAUUCCUGUGUGCCGGCCACGAGGGAGGCGGUCAGGAUUCCUGUCAAGGCGACUCAGGAGGUCCGUUGCAAGUCCGCGGCAAAGACGGCCGAUACUUUCUUGCAGGAAUCAUCUCCUGGGGCAUUGGAUGUGCGGAGGCUAAUCUCCCUGGGGUCUGCACUCGUAUCUCCAAGUUCGUUCCGUGGAUAUUGAAAAAUGUUACGUAAUAGUUAAUCCUUAUAACUUGUUAACUGUGUACAAAAGAACAACAAUAUUGUUUAUUUCUUGGAAAAAACAAAAUGUCCCAUUAUUAACGGAUAAUGGAAGAUUAUUCACGUCUAAAUGUAUCUGAUAAUAUUUUCACCAACG